CGCCUAUGUGCCUCUAUCAGAGAAAAAUGAAUUGGGGAAAAGCGAAAGCAAAAUACCUAUACAAAAAGGAGAAAGUCUGUAGGUCCGCUGUGCUGUUAUGAACUUGAAACCGACAGUGAAUUACAUCAUGGAGCCAAGGCUCAUAAGUGGCUAUUUAUGGACUGCCCCAUUAAGACGAUGACCAAAUUGUAAGGCGCGCUUUCACCAUCUAGUUGACCAUGCCUUCCUGCGAGAUGCUUAUAAAAGCUUUCGCUUCAUCAGCCUUGUGCAGUACGUUUGGCUGCCGGAAUCCGUUGAGUUCACACAUGCGUGUCUCGAUUGAACUGAUUAACAAAGCAAGGCUUCUUGUCAUUCGGUUUGACGCUCAAUUCUCAACUAAACCAUGAAGGAUUUAACAAAGGAAACGCUUGAAGGGAUGAGCUGUUAUGAAAACAACUUAAAUUGUUUACCAUCGAAUCCUGAUUGGCCCUGCCCAAAUGCUAUGGAUAUGCAUAGUGUCAAGGAUUCCCCUGUGCAGUCUGACGGCCAAGUGCAUUUGGAUAUCAAUGAAGUAGGCUUACAAACAAGAACUAGCAACACUAGUCCAGUUUGGGAGUUUCGUGAUAAUGAAUGGCGACUCACCUACGGGGAAUGUGAAGAGACGAGUCUGGUCUAUGCCAAAUACGAGAACUUACCUCUGCAGGAUUUUGACGCCGAAGUGAGACCGAGCGUCGAUGUAGACCAAUUUUUCAACCAGGCGCAUGUUCUUUUACUUGACGACGUUGCAGAAGAGACGUACUCGUCCUCAGUCGAUUUGGUGGACAUGUUGCUGAACAAAAUUGGAUUACCUAUGUCUGUGGUUGAAGAAGCCAAAAAUAUCCUCUUUACACACAAUGCUGCCUCAAGUAGAACAAUUCAGGCCACAUACAGCCCCAAAGACAAAAUUAAUGCCAAUUUUGCCUACGAAGAAUCUUGGAUAUGCCUGGUUGGCGAUAUUCCAUCACUUGUGCAGCGACACAUGGCCAUCGUCAGGCUCAAACAUCCAACGAAUAUGGGAACGAAUUGCCGUGAUCUCCAACUUUUUGUGCUCAUACUCUGUCCAGCUAAAGAGAAAGGGACAAAGAAUGCCUUGGAGACGGGCCGUACAUUUGCUACAUUGUUAGCUGAUCAUCAUCUGCGCCGUCAAUUGGUGGAAGUAGUUACCGAAGAAGGAUUCAAGCAGCUUAUUUUCAAUCGAACGCGAGAAUUGAUUAAGGAACAGCAUCAGAGUCGUUCAGCCGUUUCUAACAAAUUGGACGCCGAUGUUGAACCACCCAAAAACACCGCAAUGAGUAACGGUAUCGGGAGACUUUGUCAGUUUGGGCAAGGCAUCCGAGAUGAUCUUUCCCGUCGACUACCGCAUUAUGUAUCGGACUAUGUCGAUGGCAUAAUUGGAGUAAAAACACCUCAAAAGGUUCUUUCCACCACCUUUUUCCUCUACUUUGCCUGCCUCCUUCCGGCCAUCGCUUUCGGUGUUCUCAACGAUCACAACACCCACGGGAAAAUAGGUGUCAAAAAGGUGAUCAUGGGGCAAACGAUUGGUGGUCUAUUUUUUGUCAUAUUUGGUGGCCAGCCACUAUUAAUUCUUUUAACUACUGCACCUCUAGCACUCUACAUCAAAGUUAUUUCCAGCAUAUGUGAUGAUUUCCAGUUGGAUUUCUAUGCCAUGUAUGGCUGCGUUGGCCUUUGGUGUGCCUUUUUCCUUUUACUCUUUUCGCUUUUUAACGUCUCACGAUUGAUGCGUUGGUGUACCCGUUCUACAGAGGACAUUUUUGGCCUUUUCAUUUCGAUUGCAUUUUGCGUUGAUGCUUUUCGGGAUACUGCCAAAAAUUUUCAAAAGAAUUUCAAUUCUCCUCAAUGUUUGGGCAAUGUGAACAUGACGGAAGGCAUCAAAUCAUCGCUGUCUUAUUAUUUAGUGAAUGAAAAUACAACAAACAGCUCAACGGCAGAAACAUUUAUGGCGGCCAUCGAAAAGCCGAUGACGAUUGAAUGCAAUCAAGCCAGUUCGCUGCUUUUCCUUUUACUGAUGCUCGGCACCGUUUGGCUAGGCGUUUCCAUCUUUAAUUUCAAGAAAACGAAUUUCCUCUCUACUGGAAAACGGGAAGCCUUGGCAGAUUAUGCAUUGCCCAUCGCUGUUGUCACCAUGAGUUUUGUUGGUUCUUAUCUCUUCCAAAACAUUAAAGUUGAGCCGUUCCGUUACGAUGACAGUGAAAAUGUAUUUUCUUUGACACCGUUGGAUCGCCUUCCUGGAUUGGCCAUCGUCGGAGCAAUGGGUUUGGGUUUUGCCUUGUCGUUGCUCAUUUUGAUGGAUCAAAAUAUUUCAUCAGCGAUGGUGAACACGCCACUCAACAAUUUAAAGAAAGGGCCGGCAUACCAUUGGGAUUUAUUUGUAAUGGCCAUUUUGACGGCUGCAUUGUCUGCUGUCGGAUUACCAUGGAUGCAUGCACUCGUACCUCACUCGCCACUUCACGCCCGUGCCCUGGCCGAUGUCGAGCAACGUGUUCAUCAAGGCCACGUCUAUCAAAUAAUUGUUCGAGUGAGGGAGACCCGAUUGACCGUUCUAUUUUCGCACAUCCUCAUUGGCUUAUCGAUUCUGUUGUUGCCCUACCCAUUGGCCUACAUCCCGCCGGCCGUUCUCAACGGGCUUUUCCUCUAUGUGGCCAUCACCGGACUCGACGGCAAUCAAAUGUUUGAACGCAUCACACUCUUCUUUACGCAGCAAUCCGCUUACCCGCCAAAUCACUACAUCCGACGUGUUCCACAGCGCAAAAUCCAUCAGUUCACCGUAUAUCAAGUAGGUCAGCUAAUGUUGAUGUGUCUGUUUGGUUUUGUGCCCUGGCCUUACAUGAAGAUGAUUUUUCCUUUAAUUCUCCUUUCGCUAUUACCGAUUCGUCGCAUGAUUAUUACCCGACUAAUUGCUGGACGUUUUCUUUCGAUCCUUGACAGUAGCGAACAUUAAGAAAUUUAAUGGAUGCUAUUUUUGUUUUCUUCUUACACAAUGUCUUGUACAGGACAGAAUAUACUUGGAAUAUGCCCCACGUG